CCGUCCUCCCCGGUGCUCCUCCCCGGCGCGGGGCCGCCGGGUCCCGGCCACACGGCCCCCGGGCCGGGCGCGGCGACACGACGGGGACGCUUCAGCCGCGUCCCCAGAGGCGCGAGUGCGGCUGCUGCAAGGAACUACUGGCCAGAAAGUAGCAACACUGCCCCCCACAUGGGAAAUACUCCCUUCUAUCAGAGUCAAGAGGACCAUUCAGCAGUGGGCUCCAGAAAGGGUGUACCAGCUCAGACCAUCCGAGUGAGCCACACUUCUUCAGAAGCCCCAGAAAUCUUCUCUCUCCUACCUGAGACGGCAAGUGCUGAGAGCAGACAUGUGUCUUCAAGCAGAACAAACAUCACCAUUUUGCCUGUUGGGCACUCACCUGGGAUCACAACAGCUCUGACCUCUCAGGGCAGCUCCUUCUCCUCAGAAAGACUUCCCCUGUCAACCAGCAGUUCCGGGUCAGGAGAAAGAAUGGCCCAUUCUCACACAGAAAGCGGAACAUCCCCAGGCCUCUUGGAAAGGGAGAGGGGGCUCCCAGAAGAAGGGACUGUGCACACCCAAGUGACUGACACUUUGGUUUCCAGCCAGUCCUCCCUUCCUUCACGGGAGCUCAGAGAGCCAAGCAUGCCCUCAAGGAAGAGAAAUUAUUUGGGCCUGGAUCCCUCUGUGUGGCAAUUCUCCCAGACUCCUACUCAUCCUCCUUCCUCAGACCAUCCCUCAUCUUCUGGAAGUACAAAGAAGCAUAACAACUCCACCGCUCUCCAAAGCCCAUCCGUCACCCAGACACAGAGUUCACAUCUUGCCAGCACAUUCACUAAUGGUGCCCCAAGAACGCUUCAGUCUUUGACUGUCAGUAUGAAGCCUAUAAAUGAGACAGAGGGUUUCCCUGAGGGCUCCAAAACUGCCACAGCAUCAGCCUCAGUCCAUUCUUCACCCACCAUGGUAGACUCAAGGACAAACAGUAGAUUAGCUGGGAAUCCAGGAGAUGUCAUUGAGCCAUCCACAGAACAUGAAUUUGGACUUACGUCUUUAGACUGGCAAAGUGAUUCCCCACCCUUUGGACAUCAGCUUGCCAGCAGUUCUGAGGCAGAAAAUGGAAGUUUUGGGCCUCAAACCGAGACCAUAUUUAGGUCAGUCCCCUCCCUCAGAGAUGGAGAGAGCACAGCAUCCUGGUUCUGGGCCAAAAACAAAGCACCUGAAGAUGUGACAGAAAGCUCUGCUUUGCAUCUGGAAGUUGUGAACACUUCAGUUUUGACUCAGUUCUUAGACUCUGCUCAACAGCCUAGAGUGGAUAACACAGGACUGGGUGAGAGAAGUUACUCAGAGUCUUCAUCUUCGUCUUCCUCAGAAAGCCCAGAUUCCUCAGCACCACGAGGAGAACAUUCAGCCCUGGAGGACAGCGUGGUGCUGAGUGACAGUUCAGACCUGGAGGAGAGCACUUCUGGGGCGCGCACCUCACACACCUUAGCAUCACUCCCCAGAAGCGGGGAGCGUACACUGCGGUCCCUCAGCCCCUCACGGGCUGUGACCCAUCCUGCACGACCCACUCCACGUGGAAACGUGACUGAGCAUGCAGGCCUAGUGGCCGGGGUGCCUGCUGCCCUUGGAGUCACUGGACUUAGCUAUGAUCAAGUACGUGGCACAGGCACUGAGCAAAGGACUUCCAGUGACCACACAGACCACACCUAUGUUUCAUCUACUUUCACCAAAGGAGAAAGGGCAUUACUGUCCAUUACAGACAAUGGCUCAUCUUCAGACACCAGCGAGAACUCAACUUCUUAUAUUAAGGUCUCAAACUCUCCAUAUUUAGAUUAUUCUUCCCCUUCUCAGACUCAGACUGAGAGACGUAACCUCUCUUACGAUGAUGAACACACUCAGUCCUCCACUGAGUCUCUGGUUCUGCGCAAGUCCAACCCUCCAUCCUACACAUCCACCGUUAAUAUGCCAAACACCUUAAUCCUUCUGGAUGCCAAUACCGAGUCUGUUGGGGACACAUCUUCAGGGACCCCUUUAGCUCUACCCUCAGUGUCACAGUCUCAGCAGUUGUUCUCCUCAACCUUACCAUCAACCAGAUUUCCCACACAGCAACUAAAGUCUACCUCUGAGGCAGCCACACCGUUAUCGUCAUCACCAUCCCCAUUACCAGUAUCUUUAACAGUGUCUACCCCUACCCCACAUUCCGUCUCACAAACAACCUUCCCACCUUCAUCUUCUACCCUAGUCCUGCACAGGGCAAGGGAGACACGUGUGACUUCAGUCCAGACAUCAACAAUGAUAUCAGCCUUAACAGUGUUCCACAGUAACCAAACAGCAGACCCCAAGAACCAGAGCACCCCAGAGCAAGAGAAAAUCUUCUCAGAAGCCAAGUCACCAAGCCUGGUGUCUCUGUCCACAGACUCCACAAAACCAAUGAGCUUUCCUUCAAAGGCCCCAUUGCCCCCAGCUUUAACAGACUCCUCCACCAAGCCAGCCCUUCCAGCCACCAGCACCAGCUUAGCCCAGAUGUCUCCAGUUUUGACAGCCACCACUUCCCAGACCAUUCACUCUCCUGCGACAAGCAAGCCUAGCACCCUGUCAAACACAGAAGCUUUGGUCCCCAGCCCUGUAGUUGUCCACACUACAACUGGAAAACAGCUCUUGCCAACACAUCCUGAAAUUCUAGUGCCACAAAUCUCAACAGAUGGUGCCACCACCACAGAAAAGAACCAGAUGCACAUAGAUCCUACCACUCGCUUGAUCUCUCUGACCACUGCACCUACAUCAGCACAAGAGUCUACCACAAGUCUUAGCAAUACAGAAGAGUACAGGCCAGUUUCACAUUUCCUCAGUACAUCUUCACCGCAAACCACAGCUGUUUCUACCACUGAAGCGUUGACUACCAGAUCUACCACCUUUGCUGCUCAGAGUACCACACAGUCAGCAGCAGCACUGUCACCUCAAACCCCAGUCAAUGGCUGUGCCAUGAACCCUUGUCUUCAUGGUGGCAAAUGCAUUGUGGACCUCACCGGCCGUGGUUAUCGAUGUGUGUGCUCGCCUGCCUGGCAAGGGGACAGCUGCAGUGUAGACGUGAAUGAAUGCCUCUCGAAUCCCUGUCCACCCCUGGCCUUGUGCAACAAUACUCAGGGAUCUUUUAUCUGCAAAUGCCCAGUUGGGUAUCAGUUGGAAAAAGGCAUAUGCAAUUUGGUUAGAACCUUUGUGACGGAGUUUAAAUUAAAGAAAACUUUUCUCAACACUACCGUGGAAAAUCAUUCAGACCUUGAUGAAGUUGAAAGUGAGAUCACCCAAACAGGGAAUUACAGUCCAUCAUGGCCGGGAGGCAUGGUGGCAGAGGUGGCUGGAGCAAGAUCAGGAAUAGGAGCAGAGCACUCACAUCAUCACGCAGGCACAGGAAGCAAGAAAGAUCUGUUAAAUGUGUGUUUUACAGCAUUACCUGGUUAUAUACGAUCCACAGUUCAUGCAUCUAGGGAGCCCAGUGUGGUAGUGAUCUCGUUGCAAACCACCUUUGCCCUGGCCUCCAAUGUGACACUGUUUGACCUGGCUGAUGGGAUCCAGAAAUAUGUCAACUCCUGCAAGUCUUCUGCUGAAGUCUGCCAGCUCUUGGGGUCUCAAAGGCGGAUCUUUAGAGCGGGCAGCUUGUGCAAGAGGAAGAGUCCAGAGUGUGACAGAGAGACCUCCAUCUGCACAGACCUGGAUGGUGUCGCUCUGUGUCAAUGCAAGUCCGGCUACUUUCAGUUCAACAAGAUGGAUCACUCUUGCCGAGCAUGUGAAGAUGGCUAUAGGCUUGAAAAUGAGACUUGUAUGAGUUGCCCAUUUGGCCUUGGUGGUCUCAACUGUGGAAACCCCUAUCAGCUCAUCACUGUGGUGAUCGCAGCCGCGGGAGGCGGGCUUCUACUGAUCCUGGGCAUUGCGCUUAUUGUCACCUGCUGCAGGAAAAGCAAAAAUGACAUAAGCAAACUCAUCUUCAAAAGCGGGGACUUCCAAAUGUCCCCAUAUGCUGAAUACCCCAAGAACCCUCGCUCACAAGAAUGGGGCCGAGAAGCCAUUGAAAUGCAUGAGAACGGAAGCACCAAAAACCUCCUGCAGAUGACGGACGUAUAUUACUCACCCACAAAUGUAAGGAAUCCUGAACUUGAACGCAAUGGACUCUACCCAGCCUACACUGGAUUGCCGGGGUCACGGCACUCUUGCAUUUUCCCAGGACAGUAUAACCCAUCUUUCAUCAGCGAUGAGAGCAGGAGGAGAGACUACUUCUGAGUCCAGGAAAGACAGGCGCCUGUUUCUCUGAGCCACUUCCUCGGACUCAGCAGACUGCAGCAGGAAGGAGCACCGUGCUCUAGCUGCUCCCAGGACUUGUCAGAGCUAUGCUCGCGAGGCAUGACCACAGUGGGAGGGGACAGAUGGAUGUGGAACUGCAGGCUGCUCAUUCAGCACCGCUGUCGUUACUGUGAAUGUGAACAUAGCCAGUACCAGGACGGUCAAGCCUGGCUUGUGGCACUGGCUGAGUGUUCGUCACAGCAGACCACUAGGCAUCAUUGUGAGGACCCAGUGUUCCCUGAAUUUGCACUUUAGUAGAUUGAGCAGGGAGGUUUCUUUUGGACUCAUUUCCAGACUAUUCUCUAAAGCCUUCCUUUCCUAAGACACUUCCACAGGCCUCAGUUUGGUGAUUAAUCAGCAGCCAGGUGCUGGCACUUUUGUUUACCUGCCUUUCACCUUCCUGCCAAACAGCAGAUGGUGGUGAGCAUACCACUAUGGUUUGACAGUGCUGUAGUCAGGUGUAUAGUAUUUUAAGGCUUCUAGAUGUCUACCCAAGCUCCCAGGCCUAUACCCUAAGUGAGGACAUUUGUGAGGCAGAGCACACAACUUCUAUUUGUUUUGUAAGUCAAGGUGAUAUGUUUAAGAUUUUUUUUAUCCUCCUUUGCAAUUUAGUUUCACUUUUCUAAGCAAAUCUGAACCAGGGCAAAAUAACUCUCAAAAAGUUUUAGUUAGAACCAUCCAGCUGCCCUGCCCCAUAGUGCGCUCCAGCAGGCAGAAUCAGAUAGGUUCUGUGUGUGGUAGAGCAUUUCUUAUACAUGAGGGCAUUGCACAGCACUUGGGACUCUGACCACCAAUGUGGAGUCCAGAAGCUGCUGGGAUGGAAUAGAAAAGGAAAGCCAAUUGUAAGUGAGUCUGAGCUGGUAUUUCACCACUGAAGGAAAAGUAGCCUGCUGUAGACCCUGCAGCUGAGUGUGGCCGAGGAAUUGGCUGAAUAGAUCUCCUGCAUCGCCAGUGCUUUGGACGUUAGGGAGAUUCUUGAGGAAGGAUAGGGGGCCAGCAGGGAGCCACAGGUAAGCACGCUUACCUGCUAAUCUUUAGAUCUAUAACAUCAUCCAAAACCUCAGUGGAAACUUUCAACCACUCAGAGUUAUUUAUUUAUUGAAGAAAUAGCCUAUUUCUCUCACUGAUCAUUGAUCUGUCUUUGUGUUCCUGUGCAGUGGCCCCUGGAAACACAAUACAGUUCAGGUUAUCAUUGGAGAACUAAGGCCUGGCAGGCUAGGAAUCUAAGAACUUGCUUUGAGAGACGGAAAUUCCGCAUCUUGUGUUUUGUGUCUGUGAGGAAGACCUGUCCAGUGUUCUGCUUUAACUGCUCCCUGGGGAACUCCAUUUAUUGACUUGGGAAAUAUGGAAUGAUGGAAUAAAGGGAACACAGAGGUCAAAGGAUUGUCCUCACCCUGAAGCUAGGAAGUCAGUGGUAUACCUUUCUGCAAAUGGUACAGGUGUUGGAGACAAUUCUGUCCUGUGCAUGUUUGUUUCUUUGAAGUUCUCCGAUGUCAUACACAGUCUCCAUCUUAUUUUUAGUGUGAACUGAGUCCCAUGGCCUCUACCACUCACUGUCACCAGCAGGACCAUUGAUCAUGUGCGAUGAGCUUUCAUAGUUAAAUUGUGCUCAUCUCAUAAGUACAGGGAGAAUUCUGUUGCUGUCAGUGGAUAAUAACUUAAAAUUUCAGAGCAUUGCUGUCUAAAAGCUGUAGGCAUUACAUCUGUCUCUCUAUGGGACUAAUGGCCUUUUUGGCUGCCAUCUAACUGGAGAGAUUGAACUCCUGUCCUCAGCUCACCUGAGCCAACCAGCUUGGAUCCCUUGUCAGGCGGCCUGGUUCCAGCCCUUAUUGCCAUAUCCCUGCACAUCCCCAGCCUUGAUGUGAGAAGAGCCAGUAUGGCUGCUGUUCCCAGACAUAACCCUUCUGCUGUUUUUAGCUGACAUCACAGCUGGCAAGUUAUCUGCAUCAGGACCAGAAGCCCCACAAAAUGAAAUGUUCUGUCCCAGAAUUCUUGGGAAAAAUCCCAAAGUCCAGAAAUGUGUCCUGUGAGUUCCAAAAAUGCUUGCCAAUUCGUGACUUUUGUCCAAAUUGAAUGGACUAAGUAUUUAAGACUUCCUUUUUUACCAUGAAAAAAAAAAGGGCACCAAGUAAGUUGAGUUCACACUGAGUUUCUAGGAGGCUUGUGAAGUAGAAGUCUUGAAGAAGGCAUUAAAAGGCAUGAGACGCCCCAUGCUCUCUGCCCAGCACAGUGAGGAAGGGAGAGGUGAGGCGUAGUCCUGCUUGGGGAUACAUCCAGGAGAAGCCUGGAGAGACGAUGUCAGCAGCCCAUGGGCAGGAGAACAGGACAGGAUGAAUCCACAACUGACAAGCAGGGUCUUUGCUGGACACAGGUGUUCAGAGUCAGUCCCCACAUCCAGAAUGUGCAACUCAUGUGUACAGAAAUGUCAUGUCCUGCAUUGGGACCUGCACUGGGGUAAGUGGAAAGAGCAGAAAAGCUACCUGCCCAGGAGAUGGCUGUGUGGGGAGGAUCCAGGCCAGGUAGAACUUGUGUGUCCUGGGGCAUGCCAGACAUGGCUGAAAGAGGGAGGCCUGCCUAGCAUCCAGCCUGGAAUCUGGAAACUCCAAAGGAUCUCUUUUCUUUCUACUUUCCUUUUCUUUCUCCUUGAGCCAGGCAAGGAGGCUGGGGCCAAUUUCUUUAGGAGGAUAAAUAACAUCUUGUGUUCCUACUGUGAACCAGGCUCCAUGCAAGGUACUUAACCUCACAGCACCCUAGAUAGUUGGCUAUGAGAGUCCAGAGAGGGGACUGGGGAUGUAGCUCAGUUGAUAGAGCACUUGUCUAGCAUACACAAAGCCCUGGGUUUGAUCCCCAGCACCACAUAAACUGAGCAUAGUGGCACACUCCUGUAACCCCAGCACUCAGGAGGUGGAGGCAGGAGGAUCAGGAGUUCACAGUCAUCCUGGCUGCAUGGUUCAAGGCCAGCCUGGGAUACAUGAGAUCCUAUCUCGAAAAUGAAAGUAGUGGCAGACUUGUGGUUGGCAGGAAGCAUAUUGGUACGUGACUUAGGCUGUCACAAGUGAAAGGGGGGUGGUCUAGGUGGGUUUUGACAAGCAUGACUGAACUUACCCAUUUGAGGGCUUCUUCUUCCCAGAGUGAGGCCAUGGCUUGUGAACCUGUCAGAGCUGGGAGCAGAGUUGAAUGUCUGGAAUGCUGAUAAGUCUUAGUGGGGAGGUUAUUUUCAGAAGUCACUAAGUCAUUUAGAGCCAGAACUACUGCAUAGUGGGUGCAAUCUCAUUGGGGGUCAAAAACUAAGAUGUGACCAUUGAGUUCUUGAGAAACUCGUAAAGGUUGGCUCAUCAGAGAGGGCAGCAUCUUCAGAAUAUGAGACUGGGUGGCCGCCAGGAAUAAAGUCUUUGAAGAUGCUCCCUGUUCAGUUGUGAACCUCCAGAGUGGGCACCUUAAGAUCACGUGACUUUGGGUGCUUCAUUCAGCGUCCUCGCCCAGUAGUGGUGUCCAGGUCCCUGUAACUGGGACCUUGCCUAAAGCAGGAGAGCUGUACAGCCAAGUUGCCCUUGGCUAAGUGCACAACUAGGGGUGUGACCCAUACUUCUAAAUUAUAUGUUGAUUUUGAGACCAGAAUACUUCUUUGGAAAGAACAACACAAGGUUUGGUAUUUCAGUAUUUUAAUUAAAACUGCCCUUAAUAUCAGAGAUAUUUUCUUGUAUCUAAAAGCUUUAGUCUGGGUAAAGGGACAUUUCAUCUCUCUUUUUCUGUCUGUCUUUUUUGGGAAGGCGGGGCUGGGAAGGAAACCCAGGGCCUUGCACGUAUGUGCCAGGCAAAUAAGCUGCCGCAGAGCGGCACCACACCCCAGCUUUUCAUUUAUUUGUGCUGUUCUAAGGUUCUCAUCUGCAUUUUUGGAGACACAUGUGGUUUUGUAGUUUGUCUUUAGGUAUAGGUUUUUUGUUUUUUGGAUUUUUUUUUUCCUUUUUUAAAUCCCGAGGAAGAAAACUGUUGACAACAGUAGAAACAGUCAAGCAGUAAAUGCCAGUCAACUUGGACUCAAAGGGUACCCUUGAAGUCCUAAAAUAAAGAGGCAGGUCCUGGGCAUCUGUCCUAUGGGCAUUUUCAAAGAAGACAUUUCAAAAGAGUGGCCUGAUUGAUUCUGCUAUAGUUUUUAAGGAUGUGUUUGAUGCACUUGUCCUGAGUUCUCUGGUAGGGAGGCUGGAAUAAGAUGGGGUGAAUGGGACCAGUUUGUCAAGGGAACUGAACUACCCACUUAGCAUUCAGCCUUCUACAGAGAAAAAUGACUGCUUAAUUAUGAGUUGCUCUGAGUUUUGGUAAUGUGUGUGUUACUGGACUUACGGUUAAAUGGAGCAUGCAGCUGCAUGCUCACACUGUCCUGGAUUUUGCUUUGUAUACCCUUAAACCCUAGACCCAGGUUGACUGUGUUAAACCCAUUAUGAGAAUGUUAUUUAAAGUUGUAUUAUAAUUGCCACCUCCACUAAUUAUUCAGUACUGUAGCAGCAAAAUACUAUUUGUAAGAAUUCGGUUAUUUUUAUACUAUAUCCACUAUUAGUCUGGCGUUCUAGUCAGCAAAAAAUGAUGCAAUAAAGUUAAUAUCGUUUCCA